UUAACGUAUUGAUUUAUUGUCCAUACAAUACAUACAGCGGCCAGCGCAUUCGUAUCGUUGUUGUAUGUAUUUAUUUAGUGUGAUACCGAUACGAGUGUUGUAGCUACAAUACAUACGUAUAUAUCAGUAAGCUCGUCGGCUGUGCUUUAAAGUAAAUACAACUACACACGUAGAAACAAUAUCUAAUAGGUAUCAUUGAGAAUGGUGGGGUUUUGGCAACCGCAGCAGAUGGUCAUGUCGCCCGAGAUGAAGGCACAGAUUGAGGAAUACUAUGCAGAGUUCUCAUCGUACGGUUUGUUCACUACCGCGAGUGACAAGCUGGCGGGGUUCCUUGUGAUCAGUAUGCUCCUGCUGACGCUAUUGACGCCGAAAGUAUUCAAUCUCGAGCAUCAGUUCACGUUCUAUGCCAGCUACCACAACAACUUCUUCAAUAAGUUAAUACACUUUUUAUGUAUCUGGCCGAUCUUCUGGACAUCUCUCGUCUUCUUCGCGCACACGUCGCCGAUUCACAAUCUUCCGGACAUUCUGCAAAGCAUGUUGGAUAUGAUACCUGCCCAGUAUAACCAGUAUAUGGUCCCGGAUUGGUCCGCAAUUGUUGCCGAUUUCUACUGUAUCUACUACCUGGUUUUGGAUCCCGCGGGAGGCAUGGUUGCUGCCGCACUAGUGGGCUUCUGCUAUACCACCGCACAGAUGUUCACACAAGGCUACUGGGAGACCGUCAUUAGGCCAGAGAUCCCUAUUGACUUUGUGCAAGGCCUGUCCGCCGGACAAGCCGCGCUAGUGCUGCACGUGACUGCGUGGCUCUUCCAAUUCUGGGGACAUGGUAUCCACGAAGGACGGGCGCCCGCUCUCACUAAAAACCCGGCCCAGGCGUUCCUCAUGGCACCGUACUUUGUGCUCCUGGAGGUGCUAUCCAUCUUCGGCUACCAAGCCGAACUUCACGAGCGCGUACACAAAAAGGUGAUAGCCAAUAUCGCCCAAUUCGAUGCGGACGCAGCGGCGAAAAAGAAUAAGAAAUCAAACUGAGCCACGGACGGACGAGCAAACGUGUUCGGCUACAAUAUUGAACGAUGUAAAUAUUAUGAAAAAUAUUCCUAAAGACAAGCUCCAUGCGCUUCCGUUGUGCUUUGUUUAGUAUGAAGCCUUCCGAUGCUGCUGUAAGUCUUUGUGGUAUUCACUUUUGUACAAUAUCAAUGAACAAUGAACCAAAAAUAAAUUGGGUCUGAUCCGAUGCCACGGAAUGUCAGUACCGAACUUCUAAUCGCUGGCCACAUGGGUUUGCUUAGAUUUCAAAAGGUCCACUGUGCGAG